GCCUUUCAACGGGGACAGAAGGGAAAGAGUCUCCGUUUCAAUGGAAUAAAAACUGCGCAAUUUCUUUAAGGACUGCCUGCUCUGAUCGUAAGGGAUCGUUCCUCUCUAGGAAAUGGAUAUCAGUUGUGUUUUUGGAUGACAGGGGAAUUCGUGCCCAUUGCAACCCCCGCUGUCUUGGAGGCUACAGGAGCUGGUGAUUUUUUUUUGAUUUUUUAUUUAUGUAUUUAUUUUUCAACCAGAUGGUCUUAAGAGGGGGAAACGAGCUGUGCAAUCAUUUAGAAAGGCGAUAUGACUAUGCAGAGAUGCAGGAUCAGUGAUGAAUCUAUCCGUCAUGCCUUGCCCAUGGGCGAACACAUCCACAUUUUCUCAUCCUGGGCAGUGAUCUAUCUGCGUGUACAGUGCUCCCGGUGUCGACGUUUGCACCUAAACGCGUUAUGGAUGUUGAAUGGGGGUUUCAUGUUUUUUUUUGUUUUUUGGGGGAGAGGGCUUUUUGGGGGCUGCGUCAUCCGUGGCGGGGAGAGGAGAUGGACUGCUUUGCAGAUUUUCCACUAUUACACUGUUUUAACAGCGAGAGUCAGCACGGCACCUCCCCAGCGCAUUUUGGAUUGCACAUAAAAGAAGAAAUGAGGAACAUGGCCAAGUGCCCUUGUGCUGUGUUUGAUGGGCCACCGGCACCUGACUGAAGUGAAAUGUCUCACCUGAUGGUCAGCACCUGCACGAGUGUUAAAUCACUCAGCCUGUCAUGAUGGACUGCACGCUCUGGGAAUGGAAAACGCUGAUGCCAUUCUUCAGUGAUGGGAAGCCAUCUGCAUUUGGCUGCAAGCACCCACCUAUCCAGGUACAGGCAAUAUCUGGCCCACCCAGUUACAGCCAGUACACAGCCAGAGUGUGCCCAGCAGUGGCAGGAGGUGGGACGUGUCAUGGUUGCCUGCUGAAACAGACAGACUGCAUUACCCAUGAUCACCAGGUUGAGGAGACCCCAGGGAGAUGAUUGGCAGCCGAAGCUGAGACUUAACACAACUGUGAAUCAAUAACUUGGUGCUACUCUAAAAGCCAGUAGGCUUUGGGGUUCUUGGUGCUAAAGCCAAAGGAGUCGGACUGUACAGAUAUUCUCAGUGUUGGAGUGAGGCCCUCUCUGUGCUGCAGUGGAGGGCUUCACAGACACAGCUAGUUUGGCUGGAUGCAUCACGCAGUAGAGCAGUUUGGUGGGCGUGGCACACGGGAUUCCUUCCCUCUGGACGGACACAACCGGGGACCAUGGGCUCCCGUGGGCGGCCGCGCCUGGCAGCCACCUGCCAGGUGUUCGCCUGGAAUGAACCAACACCAACUCCUCUCCCAUCUACCUCCUGGCCAUAUGGGCGGACUGAACCAUGCCAAUAAAUUCUUUAGUAAUGGGCCCAUGCGUGGAAGUGAGAAGCUUGAGCUCCCACAGUCAAUGUUACCAUGUCUGCAGAGGGAGCAGCAGAGACCUCCUCCACAUCAUCUUCAUCCUCCACCUCCCCAUAGAGCAUGGGAGCAACUUGGUCAGCUGUAUGAUUCCCACCUCCCUCCUCAAGGACAUCCUGUUGUGCCCCUGCCCAAUGAGCAUUCACUACGUCUCCAUAAUGGAGGCUAUGCAAACAGCGGUGGGCCUCCCCACAACCCCCAUCAUCCCCUGAACAGGCCAAACCAACUGCUGAAGUUUGGGGGUCCUCAGGAGCAACAUGUCCCCCGGGGUCCACCAUUGCUGGGAGAUGAGAUGUGGGCUCAGGUGCACCAGCAGAGGGGUUAUCCAGGGAAGAUGCUAGGGGGUCAGCUGAAGAGACCGGGCCCUCCACUGGGAGAGCACUCUGUUAUCCAGCACACUCCACCGCCUUCGCUGCUCCCACCCUCUCGCUCAGCUGCAGAGGACUGUCCCAGCCCCAGCAAGAGGAAAAAGAGUUCAGAUCAGGUAUCACAUGCUGGACUGCAGCGUUUCCCUGGCCAGUCCAUGUUAUCUCAGCACCAAUCGUUGGCCCACCCCCUCCCCCCAAAACCUGCCUUUUGGAACCCUCUUCACAAGAACAACAGCACUCCCUGGCAGCCCCACUCCUCUGACCGCAAGAACCCUCCAAUGCAAGAGUUCCAGGAAAACAAUAAACAAGGAAUGGGCAGCUACACCCAAAAGUCCUCUCCUGCUUCUUCCACGCCUUCAAACCUCUCCCCUCUACCAAACUCCUCACCAGGAAGCUACAACCAGGGAUGUGCUCCUCAGCUCCAGAAAGACACAUUCCAGUCUCAGGUUGUUAACCAGCAGUCCCCUCACUCCUCCUACCCCAGCCCCAGCUCCAAACUGGGGCUAGCUCCACCCUGCCAGGCCAUGGAGGCUCAUGGUCCUCAUAACCAGAGAAGCCCCCUCAUCGGGAGCCAAGGUGGCAGCCAAGCUACCUCUCAUACUGGAUCUAACUCAACCAGGGGAGACCGAGAUCAACACCUACAUGCCCAGUCGUCACCAGCAAACCCUCCUGCAACCAGCAACAACAGUGGCAGCAGCAGUAGUGUGCCUUACAGCCACUUCCAGCCUCACCCAGGGCUGGGGCACCAGGGUUCCCCUCCUCCACUUCCUCCUGCCAGCAGCACCUCAGUACCUCAGCAACAGCAAAGUGGACCCCAUGAGGCCUGGAGAUACCAGAGCAGGCCCAGCAGUCACUCCUUAGAGUCGGGCGUCUACAGGCCUCCAGGACUGCUACCUCAGCACCAGCAGAGCCACAAUCAGGUCGUGGAUAGUCGGGUUCCAGGCUCCUCCCAACAUCGCCAUCAUGUCAGCCCUCCUUUGCCCCCAACCAGCUCUACUCCAACAUCUGUCAUCACCCCCAAUCUUCCCAUAUCGCAGGCCUCCUGCUCCGUUGGCAGGAAUCGUGGCAGCUCUAGAAGUGUAAAUAUGGCCGGUGACUCUGCACUAACCACAUCACCCCCUGCUAGUUGCUCUGUGAACAGUGGCAGCAGUAUUAACAGCUGGCAGAGAGGAAGAGAGCCAGUGCCCCAAACUUCCGCCAGUGGCAUCACUAGCCCCGCCUCUCAGCUGGAUGCUCUGCUGCAGCCAGGGUGUCCGAGAGAUCACGCUGUCACCAGAUCUCAUCAACAGGGGCUGCCCAGACCACAACGAGAGGGACCCACCAAGUCCCAGCCCUUGAAGGGCAAGACGUCAUACUACACUCAGGCUGAACUGGAGCGACCCCCCGCAUUUUCCACAUCAUCAUCGUCUUUGUUCUCCUCAGGGCACCAGAGGGCAGGAGACAGUGUGAUUACAAGCAGAGCUUCAAAUCCUCUUCCUAGCUCUCCCACUACAUACUACCCAACUCCUCCUCGCUCCACUGUCCGCUCUGCCUCAACCCAGGUGUACUCUCAGUCCCAGAUUCGACCACCAACUUCAACCUCUGUCCCUCAGUCCAUCGAAGAGGCUCUAGACAAGCUUGAUGCAGAGCUAGAGGGUCACAUGCAAGCUGAAGAAAGGAAGAAGAGGGACAGAGAGGAGCGGGAAAAAAGAAUGAGAGAAGAGGAGAGAAAGAAAAAAGAGUGGGAAAUGAGACAAAAGCGGGAUGAGGAGAGGAAGAGGAAAGAGCUGGAAAAGGAGGAGGAGGAGAGAAAAAAGAAAGAACUGGAUAGACAGGAGGAGGAAAAGAGGAGAGAAUGGGAGAGGCAGGAGCAGGAGAGAAAAAAGAAGCAAGAAGAAGAGAGGAGGAGGAGGAGAGAAGCGGAGAGGCUGGAGGAAGAGAGGAAAAGGAGAGAAUGGGAGAAGCAGGAGGAGGAGAGGAAAAAGAGAGAUUGGGAAAGGAAGGAAGAGGAGAGGAAAAAGAGAGAAUGGGAGAAAAAGGAGCGAGAAAGAAAGAGGAGAGAGUGGGAGAGGCAAGAGGAGGAGAGGAAGAAGCAAGAGGCAGAGAGGCAGGAGCUUGAGAGAAAGAAGCGAGAACUGGAGAGGCAGGAGGAAGAAAAGCAAAAACAGAGAGAGCUGGAGAGGAAAGAGGAGGAGAGAAAGAGGAUGGCGCAAAAGAGGGAGGAGGAACUGUGCAGUUCAAAAGGCAAAGAGCAGACUGCUAUUGAAAAUCUGGAGAGACUCCUCUCUGCCAACACUUACCCAACACCCCCACCUCCUCGCCUGUCUGCUGUUAACGUACCUCCUGCAGGUCCAUCUCCCCCCAGCUCCCAAGCUUCACCCCCCUACCCUUGGCUAAGCCGUGGAGGCUUACUCCCUUGUCCACCAGGCCAAACACCCACCACCACUACUCCUAUAGAAAGGCUGCGGCCGCCCCCUCUUACACCUCAGACUGAACAUGCUAGAGAAAAGCAGAGGCAGAGGGAGAUGUGGAACAACAACGGUGGAACGACUUUCAGUCCCUCAUCAACACACAAUACCUCAGGGAUGAAUCAGUCGGUAUACCCCAACAAGCCCCCUGCAAUGCAGGCUGCACCUAACCAAUCCAAAGACUCAGCUAGGGAAAGAGACAGCAGCCAAAACUCUCUCCCUACCUUGGCACUAAGAGAGCCCCCCAAACUGUAUCAGGCCUUUCCCAGAGAAAACCCACCACCACCACCACCUUUAUCCUCCACCUCUACAAGGGGAAUCCUCAACAAGCAGGUGACAGGAAGCAGUUUGCAAAAUGCCAGCAGCUGUGGCACUGACUCUGACAGUGCUCAGUUUGAGGAAGAGCCAUCUGAACUGUCCACACUACUCCCUGAUGGUCUGGCUAACAUCAUGGCCAUGCUGGAUGAAUCUAUCAAAAAGGAAGAGGAGAUGUAUAACAAUGAAAAGACUGGGUCCACAUGUCUUCUUGACAGCUUUUCCCCUAGUGUCCAGCCUAUCAAGAGCUACCUGUGUGCCCCAGACCUCAUUCCAGCAACAAAGCAUCAGCCUAACCAGGACGACUUCGGAUCCAAUCUGCAUGCCAGCCCUCCUGUCCUUAGCCGCCAAGGCUCUUUGGCAUCCCCCUGCAGCCGAACGUCUUCUCUCAAUGAGGAGGAUGAGGACUACCUUAAACCCUCUCCAAAUGUCCCUCUCAACCCUAAACAGUCAAUGGACAUGGGAAUAGGGGUAGGAAACACCAAUUACCGCCACAGUGACCUGGCUAAACUUUAUGGCUUCCCUGAGCAGAGUAAAAGUGAGAUUGAUGAGGAAGAUGAGGACGAAGACUCUGAGACCCCAUCAUGUUCUCCACCACCCCAAAGACCCCACCUCCACCAAACAGGUGUGAACAGCAUGUUCAAGUCCCUAGCAACAGUCCUUGAGAGCCAGAAGUAUGCUUACCGGGGUGGGCCUUUUGGGAGACCUCCUCCAUCAGCUCUGGUUGGGGUCAAAUAUUCCUCUUCACUGUCACUGGGUCCUGACAUCUGCCCCCAGCAGCAAGGUAGUUCUCCCACGUCAGAUUCAACCAAUCCACCAUUCAGUCCAGCUGUCCCACCUUUUAAGUCCUCUCCUUCCCUGCUAGAGGACAAGAAACUGAAAAUAGAGGAUGCUGAUGUUUGGAGGGAUGAGGGAACAGAGGAAACAAUAAACUCUAGCAAAGGGGAGAGGAUUCCUGCUAUGAAUCCUGUUAAGGAGGAGGAAGUACUGACAACCAUCUCUGCGUCUUCUCUGGCAGAAUUGGGCAAGAGCUGCGAGGUCAUGCUUAGUCGACAGUCACUUCCGAACAAGAACUCCCUUGGUAAAUCCGACGGCAAUGGCAAAGCGGAGGACAGACACAAGCCUGAGAAAGUAAAGGAACACAGAGAGAAAGACAGGAACAGGGACAGAGAUAAAGAGCGGGAGAAAGAGAAGAAGCGGAAGCAUGGUCACAGCCACAGUAGCAGCAGGAAGCAUGAAGACAGGAAAGAAAAGAAGCAUAGAGAAAAGAGAGAGGAGAUGACCUUCUCAUCUUCUUCAUCAUCUUCCACUCAUUCCGGCUCCAGCCACAAGCGGCAUAAGGACGGCAAGAGCCAUAAGGAGAAGAAGGACCGCAGAAUUCUUGGUGACCUCAACCUCCAGAGCAAAGAGGGGUCCGACAAGAAUCGGAGUCAUAGUGACACAGAUAAAAAGAAACGUAAAGUGGGAUCUGGUGCCAGCUCCACCAGUGAAGGAGAACACGCAGAGUGUUCUUCUAAGCACAACAAAGCCUCAGAAUCUGGUUCUUCAUUAGGUUCAACAGACUUUAUGAAACUUAAGGCACUGUCAGAUGGGCCACCCAAGGAGCUGAAGAUUCGUCUGAUCAAAGUGGAGAGCGGUGACAGGGAGACCUUUAUUGCCUCUGAAGUGGAGGAAAAGAGGAUCCCACUGGAGGAAAUAAGCAUCAAGAACACUGCCAGUGAAAUCAUCAGGUCAUGCAAGGGGGCCAGAGUAAAAGGGAAGUUCAGAGAAUCUUACUUGCUCCCAGCCUUCUCUGUUAAGCCCAUCAUGACCACAGAGGAACCCAUUCCGAGAGAGAAACUCAAUCCUCCUACACCUAGCAUCUAUUUGGAGAGUAAGAGGGAUGCCUUCUCCCCUGUGCUGCUGCAAUUCUGUACAGACCCCAAGAAUCCUGUUACUGUCAUCAGAGGCUUGGCUGGAUCUCUCAGACUCAACCUGGGGCUGUUUUCCACAAAGUCACUGGUGGAAGCCAAUGCAGAGCAGGCAGUAGAAGUCAGGACUCAAGUUCAGCAGCCUGCCGAUGAGAACUGGGACCCCAGUGGGACCGGUCAGACAUGGCCCUGUGAGAGCAGCCGCUCCCACACCACCAUCGCUAAGUACGCCCAGUACCAGGCAUCAAGCUUCCAAGAGAGUCUGCAGGAGGAGAAGGGCAGCGAUGAGGAAGAUGACGACGACGAGGAGAAGGAGAAGAAGCCAUCCAAUAGUUCCGAUACUCCCAGCAAGGAUAUCUCGAAAGAAAGCAGCAGUUCUGAGCAGAAAACAGUGGGGAAGAUCAUUAAAUUUGGCACCAACAUUGACCUCUCAGAUCCCAAGAGGUGGAAGCCCCAGCUUCAAGAGUUGCAGAAGCUGCCCGCAUUUAUGCGUGUAGCAUCCAGUGGAAACAUGCUGAGCCACGUUGGACAUACAAUCCUAGGCAUGAACACUGUCCAGCUGUACAUGAAAGUCCCAGGGAGCCGAACACCAGGUCACCAAGAGAACAACAACUUCUGCUCAGUCAACAUCAACAUCGGCCCAGGAGACUGCGAGUGGUUCUCCGUCCAUGAGAACUACUGGCAAGCCAUCAGUGAUUUCUGUGAAAAGCACGGAGUGGACUACCUGACAGGCUCGUGGUGGCCAGUCUUGGAGGACCUCUACAACGCCAACAUCCCUGUGUACCGCUUCAUCCAACGGCCUGGAGACUUGGUGUGGAUCAAUGCUGGGACUGUUCACUGGGUUCAAGCUGUUGGCUGGUGCAACAACAUUGCCUGGAACGUUGGACCUCUCAAUGGUUACCAGUACCAGCUGGCCCUGGAGAGGUUUGAGUGGAAUGAAGUAAAGAAGGUCAAAUCCAUCGUCCCCAUGAUUCAUGUGUCCUGGAACGUGGCCCGCACUGUCAAAAUCACAGACCCAGACACCCACAAGAUGAUUAAGCACAGCCUGCUGCAGUCCAUAAAGCACAUCCAGAUCCUGCGGGACCAACUGGUGGCUGAAGGCAAGAAGAUUUCCUAUCAGAGUCGGGUCAAGGAUGAGCCCGCCUACUACUGCAACGAGUGUGACGUGGAAGUGUUCAAUUUGUUGUUCGUGACAAGUGAGAACAACAGCAGGAAGACAUAUGUGGUUCACUGUGAGGACUGCGCACGUCAGCGUAGCCCAAACCUGACCAACGUAGUGGUGCUGGAGCAGUACCGCAUAGAGGAGCUCAUGAACACAUAUGACUCCUUCAGCCUGGCCUCCUCGUCUCGGUGACAGAGCUCCCCUCCUGCGUCUCCUCAGCCAUAACCAAAACUCCUGCAAGCCAGGACAAAAGACAGUUUCACUUUGGUUUUCAACUUACCCUUUCAUUAUUUAAGAUUCAUCAUUUUUGCUACUACUACUGCUAAUACUUGCCGAACAGCCAGUUGAAUACGUUUACUCAUCAUUACUGUUUACAAGAAGAAAUACCAAGCCGCCAAUAACAUAGCAGUUUACUCUCAGAUGGUGCUUUCAACUUGAAACCCUGGCAGCAGUGACGUUGAGAACCGGGGGGGCAGUUGGUGCUGCCAUUGAACAAACUGCGGAGGGUAGUUGAUGGUUUCAAUGGCGUGUUUCCGUCUGUACCACAGAGAACUUUUUUUUUCUGUUGUUGUCGUCUUGAAUACUGAAAUUUGUACAUGCUGUUUGCAAUUUUUGUGGGGUGCUGUCUUUUUUAAAAUAAUUUAUUGUUUUUUCUAAACUAGAUCAGCCUAGAUAUAUACCACAUUGGCCUUGUAUUUAGAAAAGAGAGAAAAUGAAAAAUACUAAUAAUAGAGAUAUGAACAUUUUUCUAAAGCAUUAAGAAUUUUAAAAAAUACAAAUGUUUGGAAUGCUUCAAAACAUACGGGUUUUAAUGACUUUGGUUGUUUUUUUUGGGCGGGGGGGUCGUUUUGUCUUUCAGAUUUUUGUAUGUGUUGUAAAUCUUGUGUUUGUAUGAAUUAUACUUUGAUUUUCUCUUGAGAUUAAUAUUCAGUUGACACUCAUCAGGUCUUUUUUGUUCAUUUCUUCCAUUUCUGUAUGAACUAUCACUUUAGAAAAGAAAGGAAAAAAUCAUUGUCAUCUGGUGUUCGUUUUGGUGUUGUACCUCUAUUUUGUUCCAAUAUGCAGACUUCCUGAAUUUUGUUUUUGACAUUGUACCUUUAAUUUAAAAUGUUUCCUCUAUUUAUUGGAAAAUAAGUGUUCUCCCUUUUUUAAAUAGGGUUGUACAAGUUUUUAUUUUUCUCCUUAAUUUUCUUUUUUUUUUUUUGGUUUUUUUUUUUUUGGUUUUUUUAAUAGUGACCAUUUGAUCUCCAAGAAUUAAAAUGUGGGGGUUGUGUAUCCACGGGAAUGGAGGCUGCUGUUUCACUGGUGCUUGCCUCUCAACUCCUGCCUUUUCUCCUUAUAUAUAUUAAAUGAUAUCUUUAUCUUGAAUAUAACACCACCUUUCCUGUAGACAAUAGGCACACUGCUCACGUAGAGAAGAUGACUAACGGAAUGCUGUGUUUGUAUGCUCAUUAAGGAAAAAACAAAACGACUUUUUUCCAAAGCGUUUUGAGAAAGGGUAAUUUUUUUUUUUUAUGUAGGGGGCUUUUAGACCAGAUUUGAAUGAUUUUAUGAUAUUAUCUGUUAAAUAUGAUAACGGGAUAGAUGGUGCUAAAUGUUCUCUUUGAACAACUUUUUUUUCUGUUCUUCUUAAAAUGAGAAUUCUAUUUUUCCUGUUGCAAUAUUACCUUACCCCUUUCCUUCUAUUCGUGGUCAUUUAUUUAUAACUGCACUGUUUAGAGAAUUCACACAGACAUACCUGCAGACACACACACACACACACACCAAACUGAGCCAGACAUGUCUUAAACACUUGUGAAUUUGUGUGACAUUACUAUGACUAUUAAUAAUAAACGCUUUUUGAUAAAUCCAGAA